GUUGUGAAGAGAGAAGGCAGUGGGACAGAGUCUCCAAUGAUAGGUGAUAAAGUGACUGUCCAUUACACAGGAUGGCUUCUUGAUGGCACUAAAUUUGACUCCAGUCUGGACAGGAGAGACAAGUUUUCAUUUGACUUGGGGAAAGGUGAGGUGAUCAAAGCAUGGGACAUUGCUGUGGCGACUAUGAAGGUUGGUGAAAUCUGUCGGAUUACAUGUAAACCAGAAUACGCUUAUGGCUCAGCUGGGAGCCCGCCAAAGAUACCUCCUAAUGCUACACUGAUUUUUGAGAUAGAACUUUUUGAGUUCAAGGGGGAGGACCUCACUGAUGAUGAAGAUGGUGGCAUCAUCCGAAGAAUCCGUAAAAAGGGGGAAGGUUACUCCAAGCCCAAUGAGGGUGCUCUUGUAGAGAUCCAGUUUGAAGGCCGAUACGGAGAUUGUGUUUUUGAUAAGAGGGAAUUGCGUUUUGAGAUUGGAGAAGGUGACAACUAUGAUCUUCCUCAUGGUCUGGAGAAAGCAAUACAAAAAAUGGAGAAAUCGGAGGAAUCCAUGUUCUAUCUUAAACCCAACUAUGGUUUUGGAAGUGCUGGGAAGGAGAAAUUUCAGAUCCCUCCAGAUGCAGAGCUACAGUAUGAAGUGAAACUCAAAAGCUUUGAAAAGGCUAAGGAGUCUUGGGAAAUGAACACAGAUGAGAAGCUGGAACAAAGCUGCAUUGUGAAGGAGAGAGGCACUCAGUACUUCAAGGAGGGGAAAUACAAACGGGCAGCAUUACAGUAUAAGAAGAUUGUGUCAUGGCUGGAGCAUGAAUCAGGACUCUCCAAUGAGGAGGAUACAAAAGCCAAAAGCUUAAGGCUUGCUGCCCACCUUAAUCUAGCUAUGUGCCAUCUCAAGCUGAAGGAAUACUCCCAGGCUUUGGAGAACUGCAACAAGGCACUUGAAUUGGAUAGCAACAAUGAAAAAGGCCUCUUCAGGCGUGGAGAAGCACACUUGGCUGUCAAUGACUUUGAAUUGGCACGGGGAGAUUUCCAGAAAGUGAUACAGUUUUAUCCAAGUAACAAAGCUGCCAAAGUGCAACUGGUAACUUGUCAGCAAAAAAUACGGGAGCAGCAUGAGAAGGAGAAAAAGAUGUAUGCCAACAUGUUCCAAAGGCUUGCAGACAAAGACGUAAAGUCAGCUGCUACUCUUCAAACCAGCCACACUGAAGAUGCAGAAAUGAAAGAUGAGCAGAAUGGAGUUGAAGAUAAAUCGGAAGUUGACACAGAAGCAUAAAACCAAACCCUAUUCCAUUAGUUUUGUAAAUGAAAGAAUUUCCAGUAAAUUAGACCUUUAUUUUUCUACCCGUUUGGACAGUGGCUUCAGGGGAGGGAGCAGAAGCUGAAGCCACCAUGCCACAGUCAGUUACAGCUUUAUAUGUCUGCUGAUUGGCAGCAUAAAUCUGGUUUAAUUUUAGGGACUUUAUUUAUUCAUUCAGCCUCUCUGUUUGGGUUCUGUCUGGAUUUACUCUGGUUGGUUUAUUUGCAUUUUGCCAUUGGUGUUUUUCUCUUUCUGGUUCCAGUUCACUUUAAUCCCAGGUUCUGCUUCCUAAAUUUAUUUUCUUGAUUUCUUUCAAGUAAUCAGCCUUUUCCAGGAGUCCUUA